GGUUCGAUUACUGAUGUCCAUGUAAAUGUAGUCAAUGUUAAUAUUCAAAUCCCCCGUCUUUAAGACAUCCUAGGUUUCUUUUAAAGUUACAGCCUGUACAUUAUACUAAUAUGCAAACAUUUUUCUGUGAUAAUAAAUACCAUUGUAUCCAGUAUCUGCACCAUCAUCCUGCCAGUGGAAAAUGGGCAAAUGUGAUGUGUAAACUGAAUGCUACACAUUGUACUAAUUUUGCUGCCUAACUAUGCUUUCUUUUUCUUCCCUCAUUCCCCCAUCGUGCCUUUGUCCCCCCAAUGGAUGUCUUAAAAUGUCUUCUCCGUUCCCUCCCUCAACUCUAUGGUCUUGUUUGUUUCUCUGCCUCAUUCUGUCGCCUCUUCAUAUCUGGCUUCCCUCACCCUCUCCGGUCUCCCUGGUCUUCGUUAAUUGUGUCUACCUUCUCUUCCCUGUAUCUUGUGACUUCCUUUCUGUCCCUGUUUCCCGUUUUUCGCCUCGCCCCACAACUUGGCCCCUGUCGUAUGAUAUGGUGCCAGUUUUGGGGACCCCUCUCUUUCCACCACCUCCACCUUGGAGCAUAUCCCGUCCUCAGCAGCCCGCCCCAGGCCCCUGGUCAGGCAGCAAAGCCUCCAGCAGCCCCUUACCCACCAGCCCCCGCCAGGCCCCAACGACCCCCCAGCCACCUCCCAGAGCCUGGGCCAACUUCACACUGGGCCCGGGGGUGGGGGCCACCGGGGGGGCCCGCGGGGGGUGCGUGGUAGCCCGGCUGGGGCAGGGGCGACCCGCUACAGGUCGGGUGGAGGGGCGCGAUCACGUUCCAAUCCCGGAAGCUGGGACCAUAUGAUGGGACAGAUCCGGACCAGAGGCAUGGACGUCAAGUCAUUCCUAGAGGGGAAGAUGGUGGUUUUGUCUCUCGCCAUCGGACUUGCAGAACAAGAUGACUUCGCCAACCUUCCAGACCUACAGGAGGCACCAGCGGACACAGAAACACCUCCCACCGACAAACGAUCUAACAAACCCGGCAGCAGUCCUAAAGGCCAGACCCCAGACGAGAGCCACCGGCGGACAGACGCCAACUCAUCCGUCUCAGACCUGGCCAACUCUGUCACCAGCGACAUGCUGAUGUUGUCUCCAGGCUCUGAGGAAGAGGAACAUGAAGGACCGGUGUGUGAAAAGCUGGGCCGCAUCCAGUUCAGCGUGGGGUACAGUUUUCAGGACUCCACACUUACAGUCAAGAUCCUGAAGGGUCAAGAUCUGCCGGCUAAAGAUUUCUCCGGGACUUCAGAUCCCUUCGUCAAGCUUUAUCUGCUGCCAGACAAGAAGCACAAACUGGAGACCAAGGUUAAGAGAAAGAACUUGAACCCUCACUGGAACGAGACCUUCCUGUUUGAAGGGUUUCCUUAUGAGAAGGUGGUGCAGCGCACAUUGUACCUGCAAGUGCUGGAUUAUGACCGUUUUAGCAGGAAUGACCCUAUAGGAGAGGUGUCCAUCCCUCUGAACAAAGUGGAACUGGUCCCCAUGCAGACCUUAUGGAAGGAGCUGAAACCCUGCAGCGAUGGCAGUGGGAGUCGAGGAGACCUGCUUGUGUCUCUGUGUUACAAUCCCACCGCCAACAUCAUCACUGUGAGCAUCAUCAAGGCACGUAAUCUCAAAGCCAUGGACAUCGGCGGGACAUCCGAUCCCUACGUCAAAGUGUGGUUGAUGAACAAAGAUAAACGAGUGGAGAAGAAGAAGACAGUGGUGAUGAAGAGGUGUUUGAACCCGGUGUUCAACGAGUCCUUCCCUUUUGACGUCCCCGCUCACGUUCUCAGAGAGACCACCAUCGUCAUCACAGUCAUGGAUAAAGACAGGCUGAGCCGCAAUGAUGUCAUAGGCAAGAUCUAUCUAUCCUGGAAGAGCGGUCCAGCAGAAGUAAAACACUGGAAAGACAUGAUGAGUCACCCGCGCACAGCCGUUGCCCAAUGGCACGCUCUUAAAGCUUGAAGGCCCCGCCCACCAAUAGUAAACCACACCUUCGAAACCCUGUUGAUAUGCACAAGCUUAAAGACGGGUACCAAAAGCCAUCCAACUAUCUUUCUUUCUCUCUCUAUCUAUUUUGUUUUUCUGCAGACCCUUCCUUUAUUCACUUGUUUUUAUUUGAAUUCUUUUCCCACCAAAAAGAGGCUAAGCACUGCCAAGAUCACCGGGAGAGAAAGUCUUGUGUUCAAAAAAUAGAAAUCUACGAGAGGUAAACAGACUCGUCUUCCUUGAGAAAAGAGAAAAAAGAAAAAAAAGGUUUGACAGCUCAACUGUUCUCUUGAGCAGACGGACCGCAGAACAGGGUGACUUCUAUCAUUGACUUUCACUUGAAAAAAGAAAAACGGCUGAAAACAAUCUCCUGAACUAUCACAAUGUUUGUGUCCCACCUCCCUCCGAACGUAAGGAUUGAUCCGGAUAAGGAUCGCAAACCACAGUGCAAUACCUAGCUGAAGGAGGGAUGAACUUGUGUGUGUGUGUGUGUGUUGGACUUUUGUCACUUCUUGAUGUUGAACAGUGUAGAAAUUCGCUGGAACUUUUCGUCGUCUGUAUGUACCUGUGAGUGCUGUUAUGUGACUGAAAAAAGAGGUCUUGUUUAAACAAAACAACAACAUCAAAAAAGAAGAAUUCACUCACUUAAUUGACUGGAUCAGUUCCGAGGUGUAGGGAAAAUUCCUGAUCUAUAUAGAACAUUCCAAUAAAUGUAUAAAACAAAACAAAAGAGAUCAUUUUAACGAUCAUCUUUAGUGGGUCUACGCAAGAACAAGAAUGCAAACACAAGAAUGCUUAUCGAAAUGUGUCACCAUCCAAUUCCGCCCCUUUUUCCAACCCAAACUCAUUAUUGAUAAGUACCCCAUAUACAUUUUUGGAGAUCGUGAAAUAUGUCCCAAGAGGUACCAUUUUUGCAGUUUUUGUUUUUACGAAUCCACCAGAGGCUGCUUUGUACGCUUAUUCAGAUCUCAAAUUUCUCUUGCUACUACCAUUUAUGCCUGCUAUUCUCGUGUAAAUCCACCAGAGACCGCUGACCAACCAACCGAUAAACCCCACCCACCCCCUUCCCUAAUCCCAACCGAUAGUGUUUUCAAAAAAACAGAUUGACCCAAGUCCCCCCUUCCCUAAACACAAACGAUAGGGUUUUUUAAAAUCACCGAUUGACCUGAUUGCCCCCUUUCCUAAACCAACGGGUAUUGUUUUCAAAAGCACAGAUUGACCUGAUUACCCCCUUUCCUAAACCCAACCAGUAGUGUUUUCAAAAGCACAUAAUACCCCGAUAACCCCUUCCCUAAACCCAAACAAUAUUGUUUUCAAAAGCACCAAUUGACCAGAAUACCCCCUUAUCUGAACCCAACAGAUAGCGUUUUCAAAAGCACUGAUUGACACGAUUACCCCCUUCUCUAAACCCAAUAAAUAGUGUUUUCAAGGUACCAAUUGACCCGAUUACCCCCUUCCCUGAACCCAACAGAUAGUGUCUUCAAAAGUACAGAUUGACCCGAUUACCCCCUUUCCUGAACCCAACCAAUAGUGUUUUUCAAAAGUACCAAUUUACCCGAUUACUCCCUUCCCUGAACCCAACCGUUAGUGUCUUCAAAAGUACAGAUUGACCCGAUUACCCCCUUCCCUGAACCCAACCGUUAGUGUCUUCAAAAGUACAGAUUGACCCGAUUACCCCCUUUCCUGAACCCAACCGAUAGUGUUUUCAAAAGCACCGAUUAACGCGAUUACCCCUUUCCCUAAACUCAACUGAUAGUGUUUUCAAAAGUACAGAUUGACCCGAUUACCCCCUUCCAUGAACCCAACAAUUAGUGUCUUCGAAAGUAAAGAUUGACCCGAUUACCCCCUUCCCUGAACGCAACAGAGUGUUUUCUAAAGCACCUAUUGACACGAUUACCCCCUUCCCUAAACCCCACUGAUAUUGUUUUCAAAAGCGCCCUGAU